AUGCUUUAUUUCCUUAUAUUUUUAUUAUUCUAUAGUUUGUCAAAAACAAACUAUAUUAAAACAGCAGAACGAAGAAAGGAACCUGAAAUUUUUAAAGAUUUGAGAUCAAUUAGCGAUUCAAUAGUAAAAUAUAUCUUAGAGAAAUUUGAUAAAUUAGAUGAACCGGAUGAAAAAUGUAAAUUACAAUAUAUUAUUAAUAAUAUAUUAUUUUCAAAUUUUGGAUGUUAUCCAGCGGAUCUUUCACAUUAUUUAUUUAAUAUUACUACUUUUGAAUUAGAAAAGAGAUAUCUGAAAUCAAAAACUAUACAAACGUAUAAGGAUAAAUGGAAAAAUGAUUGUAUUAUUAAAAAGGAACAAAUGCAAAAGAUUGAAGAUAAUGAAUGGUAUACUCUUAUGAAUGAAAUGAAAUAUAAGUUUGAAAAUUUCAAACUUCAGAAUACGAAUACUGUUAAAAAUCCUGAUUAUAUAUGGAUGAAAUGGAACGAAAUAAUGAAGAAUUAUUAUAUGAUAGAUCAGAUAAAUUUUAUUAAAUACUUCAUUAAUGUAAUAAAAGGAAAUACUUCUCAUAUUGAUUACUUGAGUUAUUGUAAUGAACGUAAUUCAUUGUGGAAAGACAAUAGACUUCGUUACCUUAAAGCGUUUGAAGAGUUUUUAGAGGAUUGCAGGAAAAGCUGGUUAAAAUCAAAUUCAGAAGAUAGAAUAGACAAGACAAGAAUACAAUUAUUAGGAAAAACAGGAAGAUCAUUUUCAGGAGAAACAAAAAAAAAUAUUAUAAAACAAGACAAAGAACAAAGUCGCUAUUUUAUGUCAAAACAAAUGAAAGAACAUGAAUUAGAACAAAUAAAAACACCAAAAUUGUUACAUAUGACAGAAAAUUUGAAAGAACCAAAUCCAAAAUGCAUGUUAGGAAAAAUGAAAGAGAACAAAAUAGUGCAUGUGGAACAACUAGAAAAAGAAAUGAUAAAAGAAGCAGAAAGACAAAAUCCAGAAUAUAUGGCAUGGAAAACUAAAAAACUAACUUUAAUUGAUAUGUCAGAAGAACUGAAGGGAGAAAUAAAAAAAAUGGAAGAAAAAAAACCAGAACAUAUAGAGGGACAAGUGCAAAAAGAACAUCCGGAAAGCAUGACAGAAAAAAUUAAAUUACAAACAUUAGUGCAGAUGAUAAGUGAAUUGAAAGAACAAAUAAGUCAAAUGGGAGUAGGAACAGUAAAAGUACAAAGAAAUGAAUCUGAACAUAUAGCAGGAAUAAUACGAAGAGAAAUACACGAAGAAAUAAAAAAAGAAAUUCAAGAAGAAAUACGAGAAAAUGCUCCAGAAAAAAUAUCAAAAGAGGUACAAGAACAUUCGAAUGAGAAAAUUACAAGGAGUAUCCCAAAACAGAACGAUGAAUAUAUAGAAAGAAAACAAUCCAGAGAAACACCAAUAAAAACAAAUGAAAAUCUGUCUGAAUGCAUUAACGAGAAAAUACCAGAAAGAACUGAAAAAUAUACUAGAAGUUAUAGGCAAAGAAAAAUAUACAAAUAUGAGCCAGAUGAAAGGCAAAGUUCAAAACAAACUAAAAGAUGCGGAGAAAAUAAAUCACAAAUAUAUAUGUCAAGUAAUAGAAGACAAAGAAAUGUACAAUAUAUAGAACAAAUAACAGGUAAAAUAGCAUAUGAAUUUGCAGAAAAAGUGCCAAAAUAUAUGAUAAGACAAGUUGCAGAUGAAAUAAUCAAACAAGCACGUGAAAAUGAACAAGAUGAUAUAAUAAAAAUAACUGUAGAAAAAAUAGCAAGACAAAUAUAUAAUAGAAUAAAAGAGAAAAUAAUAAUACAUUCAUUAAGAGAAACACAAAGAAUAGUAUCAGAGACAACAUCGAUAAAUGAAGCAGGAACUGUUCCAAGAGAUCUACCAGGAACAAUAAUAGAUGCUACCUCAGAAAAAAUAUCAGGAUGUGUAUCAGGAAUAAUACCAGGAGCAAUGUCGGGAGUCAUGCCAGGAGCAAUGCCGGGAGUCAUACCAGGAAUAAUAUCGGGAGCCAUACCAGGAACAAUAACAGGAGUCAUACCAGGAACAAUACCGGGGACCAUAACAGAAGAAAUACCAGGUAUUAUUCCCAUUAUGAUACCUGGUUACAUGCCAAACGAAAUACCGUGCGCUAUGACAGGAACGACAUUAGGAGUGACACCAGAAAUAGUAUCAGGAGAAGUACCAGGAAUAAUGAAAGAAUCAAUAAACACAUCAAUAAUAACAGGAGAAUCUGCACUAACAAUAUCAGGAAUAUCGAAACUAACCGAAACAUCGAUAAGAGAAUCUACACCAGUAGCAUCAGAAGGAUCAAAACUAACUGAAAUAUCGAUGGGAGAAUCUACACCAGUAAUAUCAGAAGGAUCAAAACCAACUGAAAUAUCGAUGGGAGAAUCUACACCAGUAAUAUCAGAAGGAUCAAAACCAACUGAAAUAUCGAUGGGAGAAUCUACACCAAUAGUAUCAGAAGGAUCAAAACCAACUGAAAUAUCGAUGGGAGAAUCUACACCAGUAGUAUCAGAAGGAUCAAAACCAAAAUUUGCUAAACUAAGAAAAUCAAGGAAUAAAUAA